CGCUCGUGACGCAGAGCUGCUGCUCGUGCUGCCUAGAAACGAGCGACUCAUUUAUCUGAAUACGAUCCGCCACGAGACGCGUCCCGCUCCUGAAAUUUCACUCGUUCUCUUUCAUUUUUUAAAUCUUAUGAGAUUAAACUACACUUUGGCGAAUCUCCUGCUCUGAGAGAUUUUGAACAGGCCUUGUGUGGACAAGUAGGAGGACAAGCCCCUUUAUUAAAGGAUCACAUCCAGGAUCUGUUGGAUUCAGUGCUACGGGAGGUUGGUUUGGAGAGGCGGUGGAGUUGUUUUAUAGACUGCGAUGCAUCGCUUAAGGACUUGCGCUGCACGGCUCCGGCCGCUCACAGCCUCACAAAGUGCUCAAAGUUUCUCACAGCAGAGGACAGCAGUGGCACCGGGGGCCCUAAGGACGUUUCAGCACUUUAGGUGCUACACGGCCCCUGUUGCCGCUGAGCCUUUUCUUAAUGGGACAAGCUCCAACUAUGUGGAGGAGAUGUACUACGCGUGGCUGGAGAAUCCCAAGAGCGUGCACAAGUCUUGGGACAUCUUCUUCCGUAACGCCAAUGCAGGUGCUCCCCCUGGCGCUGCCUACCAAAGCCCACCUCCAGUAGGGGUGAGUCUCUCAGGACUGUCUCAGGCCCAGGCGCUGGUUGGAGCUCAGCCCAAUGUGGAAAAACUGGUGGAAGACCACCUUGCCAUGCAGUCCCUCAUUCGUGCCUACCAGAUCCGGGGGCACCACGUUGCACAGCUGGAUCCUCUCGGAAUUAUGGAUGCAGAUCUCGAUUCGUGUGUCCCUGCAGAUAUAAUAACAUCCUCUGAUAAACUUGGCUUCUACGGACUGGAAGAAGCAGAUCUGGAUAAAGUUUUCCGGCUUCCCACCACUACCUUUAUCGGGGGCAGUGAAAGUGCCCUUCCACUCAGGGAAAUCAUCCGGCGUUUAGAGAUGGCCUACUGUCAACACAUUGGGGUGGAGUUCAUGUUCAUCAAUGACCUGGAGCAAUGCCAGUGGAUCAGACAGAAAUUUGAGAAGCCGGGUGUGUUGCAGUUUACUCUGGAAGAGAAGAGGACGCUACUGGCCCGUAUGGUCCGCUCAACCAGAUUUGAGGAGUUCCUGCAGAGGAAGUGGUCGUCAGAGAAACGCUUUGGCCUGGAGGGAUGCGAGUCUCUCAUUCCUGCACUCAAAACUAUCAUUGACAAAUCCAGUGAGAAUGGAGUGGAGAACGUUAUUAUGGGCAUGCCACACAGAGGUCGUCUGAAUGUGCUUGCUAAUGUGAUCCGUAAGGAGCUGGAGCAGAUCUUCUGCCAGUUUGAUUCAAAGCUGGAAGCUGCGGAUGAGGGCUCAGGUGAUGUGAAGUAUCAUUUGGGUAUGUACCACAGACGGAUCAACCGGGUCACUGAACGCCACAUCACACUGUCCCUGAUGGCCAAUCCUUCACACCUGGAGGCAGUGGACCCUGUAGUGCAGGGCAAGACCAAGGCAGAGCAGUUCUACUGCGGUGACUCUGACGGCAAUAGGGUGAUGUCCAUCUUGUUGCAUGGAGACGCAGCCUUUGCAGGCCAGGGCAUCGUCUACGAGACAUUUCACCUGAGUGACCUGCCGUCCUACACCACCCACGGCACUAUUCACGUGGUUGUAAACAAUCAGAUUGGCUUCACCACUGACCCUCGGAUGGCGCGCUCCUCGCCAUACCCCACCGAUGUGGCCAGAGUGGUCAAUGCUCCCAUCUUCCAUGUGAACGCAGAUGACCCUGAGGCUGUGAUGUACGUGUGUACCGUGGCUGCAGAAUGGAGAGCCACCUUUCAUAAAGAUGUGGUUGUUGAUCUGGUGGGCUACAGACGAAACGGCCACAACGAGAUGGAUGAGCCGAUGUUUACUCAACCGCUCAUGUACAAACAGAUAAAGAAACAGAAACCUGUUCUGCAAAAAUAUGCUGAAAAGCUCAUUGCAGAAGGAGCCGUGAGCAGACAGGAAUAUGAGGAGGAAAUUGCCAAGUAUGACAAAAUCUGUGAAGAGGCGUAUAAUCGCUCUAAAGAUGAGAAGAUCCUGCACAUCAAGCACUGGCUUGACUCACCUUGGCCUGGCUUCUUCACUCUGGACGGUCAACCUAAGAGCAUGAGCUGUCCGUCCACUGGUCUCAAUGAGGAAGUGCUCAGUCACAUCGGUCAGGUGGCUUCUUCUGUGCCUGUGGAUGAUUUCACUAUCCACGGAGGUCUCACCCGUAUCCUGAAGGGCAGGGCUACGAUGGUGCAGAACCGCUCAGUAGACUGGGCUCUGGGAGAAUACAUGGCCUUCGGGUCUCUGCUAAAGGAAGGCAUUCAUGUGCGUCUUAGUGGUCAGGAUGUGGAGAGAGGGACCUUCAGUCAUCGGCAUCAUGUGCUACAUGAUCAGAACGUCGACAAACGGACCUGCAUUCCCAUGAACUACAUCGACCCAAACCAGGCUCCUUAUACCGUAUGCAACAGCUCCCUGUCAGAAUACGGCGUUCUUGGCUUUGAGCUUGGCUUUGCCAUGGCGAGCCCGAACGCUCUAGUGCUCUGGGAGGCUCAGUUUGGAGAUUUUCAUAACACAGCCCAGUGCAUCAUCGACCAGUUCAUCUCCCCUGGCCAGGCCAAGUGGGUCAGACAGAACGGCAUUGUGUUGCUGCUGCCUCAUGGCAUGGAGGGCAUGGGACCAGAGCACUCCUCCGCCCGCCCAGAGAGAUUCCUGCAGAUGUGCAAUGAUGACCCUGACGUUUUCCCGAAAAUCACAGAGGACUUUGCCGUCCGGCAGCUUUAUGACUGUAACUGGAUCGUGGUGAACUGCUCCACUCCUGCAAACUACUUCCAUGUUCUUCGGAGGCAGAUCCUUCUACCCUUCAGAAAGCCUCUCAUUAUCUUCACGCCUAAAUCACUGCUACGGCACCCAGAGGCCAAGUCAAGUUUUGACGACAUGUUACCAGGCACACACUUCAGACGUCUGAUUCCAGAAGAGGGCAGUGCAGUGCAGAAUUCAGCAGGAGUGAAGCAUCUCAUCUUCUGCACAGGGAAAGUUUAUUAUGACCUCACCAAAGAACGAAAGACCAGAGGCCUGGAAGACUUAGUAGCCAUCAGCCGCAUUGAGCAGCUCUCUCCGUUCCCGUUUGACCUGGUGAAAGGAGAGGCAGAGAAGUAUCCACAGGCUCAGCUGCUGUGGUGCCAGGAAGAGCAUAAGAAUCAAGGCUACUAUGACUACGUCAAGCCACGCAUCAGCAGAACCUUCAACAACACCCGUCCUGUUUGGUAUGCCGGCCGAGAACCUGCAGCUGCCCCCGCCACAGGGAACAAGAAGGCGCAUCUUGUGGAGCUGGAGCGGUUCUUGGACACAGCCUUCAACCUGGAUACCUUCCAGGACCAGUCUUAAUCACCUCACCCCAUCCAUUCACUUCAUUUCCAUCCCUCCGUCCCUUGUUCUUCAGGAAGCUCAUAUCCUGCUGAUAGCGUUAAGAGAGGGCAAGCUGGCAGCUAGGUAUCUCCUGACCAAAGCACAGGUUUGCUUUACACUUGUAGGUAUGACAGGCCUAUCUAUGCAGAUUUUCUUGGAAGGAUGCAAGCUUUUAGCAACUACAUGGUAACGAGAUCAAUUUGCAUGCAUGUAUCUCUGAGGCAUGUUGAUGAUGGUUUUAAUAGAGCCUUAAAAUGACACCGCUUGAUGUUUCCCUUCAAUAAUAAUUAUAAUUACUUUUGAAUACGCACAAAAAUCACAGAGAGAAGCGCAAGAAAUUCUUGCACCGAGUUGGCAUAAAAGAAAUGGAAUGUAUUGAAAAGUCAUGAUAGCAUGAGGACAUUAAAGGACAUGCAUGGAACCCUAUGCAUUUUUAAAUUAUUGUGAAAGGAAAUAGUUAGCUUGCCUGCGUUUAGCAGUUUUAUGUAAAGACAACAUAUCCUUCAUCCUCUUCCUCAUCUUCAUCCUUCCCAUUCACUCUCUAAACACUCCGUGCCAAAUUAUCAUGAACUUCAAUAGCUGACUGAAAGCUGAAACAAUCAUUUUGUCCUUGUAAUUUAAAAAACAAUAAGCUGAGAUUAUGCAGCAAGCAGAAAGACUCUCUACGGACAUAAAAUAAAAGGAUUUAUUUAUUUUCUUAGGUUUGUGUUUAUUCCAGAAUAUUAUAAGGCUUCAUUCAAUAAAAGCAUCUGUUUCAA